AUGGAGGAUUUUAUAGAAGCGAUCUGGCCGCACCUCUUCCCGUCCUGGUUCGAAGCAUUAACCGCGUUCAUAGCCGCCUCGUUUGUAGCCUUUCUCCUAUAUCUCACCCAACCCGAAGGCAGCGCGGAGAAUCCCUCCCCAGACGACGCUUCGGCCGCAUCUGCCGGUGAAACCGGCGUGAAUGGCGGGGGGGAAGAAGAGGAGGCGAACUGGGAGGAGGCAAGCCGACGUGUCAGGGAGCAGCAAGCUCGCGCGUUACUCGCGGCGCCAGAUCCGCUAACCGCCGCUCUCGCAAUCCCGGUGCGCCAGCUGGCAGCCGUGGAUUCGAAGAGAAUGGCCGCGGUUCCGGUGACCGCGCAGCCGCUGCUAGGACUAAGUUCUAAGGAGGUAGCUAAGAAGGGGAUCGGGUCUAGAACGCGACCGAGGCAGGAUAUAAUGCAGUUAGCGGUGGCGACGGGGGUGGGGGGAACUAGUGGAGGAGGGAAAGGAGGGGUGGAGGGAGGAGGAGGGAGGAGAGGAGGAGGCGAUGGGAGAGGAGGAGGGGAUGGGAGAGGUGCGAGUGGGACUUUAGCUGCUUCGACUAGAGCUGCGGCUGGUGCUGUUGCGGCUGCAGCGGGUGGGAACAUCCAAGAGGAAACGCUUAUACCCGUGGCCAUAAUACCCAACCAGUCCCUGUCUUGCGCGGACACGCUUCCCCCUGCGCCAGUCCCCCUCAGCGCAGCAGUCUCCGCUGCCCCCGCUUCCGCCACUGCAGGCGCGGAUGGGGAGGCGGAACGGGGCGCGUUGGGGGGGCAUGUGCGCACAGGAGGGUCCAUGGAAUACCUUUCCCCACUGAAUAAAGGUGCUGCUGCUGCUGCUGCUGGUGACAGAAUCAACGGCCCAGAUUCGACCAGUGGUGUAACUCCUGACACUGGAACAGAGAAGAGGAGGCUGCUAGAGGGGAUCCAACGGUCAGCAUCGGACACGGCAGCGAUCUCAAUCCGAUCAACGGCUGGUGGCGCUGCGUUUUCUGCUGCAAGAACAGGGGGAGCCGCAGGGGGGGAAACAGGGGGGAUUGGAGGAGUAGGUACAAAGGUGGAAGCAGGUGCGGAAAGGGCUGUGUCUCCUGUGGCGCCUCAACCAAUGAUCUACGAAGUGAAAGUCGAUCUGCUAGCAGCCAAGAACCUGCUGUGA